AUGGUUAUUAAGCAAAAGAAAAAUUCUUUUAAAGAAAAACUAUUGAACAAUUUAAUGAAUUUAAAAGGCAAUAAUCCAACAUGUUUCUGGAAUGCAAUUAAUGAAAUUAAAGAAUUUAAUAAUUCCAAUAAACAACAAACACCAUCAGUCUCCUCAACAGAAUGGAUUAAACAUUUCUCUGCCCUUUUCAAUAUAAAUUCAGAUGCUAUUAAUCACAAUUCAACUACUAAUCAAGAGGUAAAAGAAACAAUCAAGAAGCAUAAUAAUACUUCAAUUAUUAAUCCUGAUCUUGAUAAGGACAUCAGUGAGCAAGAAAUAAAUAGUGCUCUUAAGAAAAUCAAAACUGGGAAAUCACCAGGGCCUGAUGCCAUCAUCAAUGAGAUGCUUAAGUUUUCAAACCCUUUAUUAAUAACCUGCUUGAAGAGACUUUUCAACCAAAUUUUAUCAAAUGGCGUGUUUCCAACUGAAUGGAAUACCAGCUACCUUGUUCCAUUACAUAAAAGUGGAAACAUCACAGAUGUCAACAAUUAUAGAGGCAUUGCACUUUCAAACUCUAUAUCAAAAGUUCUGAAUAUUAUAAUUAAUAACAGAUUACAACUAUUUUUGGAUAAUCAAAAUUAUAUGAAAAAUACACAAUUUGGUUUUCAAAAACAUCAUCGUACCAGAGAUAGUAUUUUCAUUUUAAAAUCACUGAUAAAUAAAUAUGUCAACAAAGCAGGUAAAUCUCAUCUAUAUGCUUGCUUUGUAGAUCUGCGCAAAGCUUUUGAUAGUGUCUGGCGAGAAGGCAUGCUAUACAAAUUACUAAAGGCUGGAGUUACAGGAAAAGUGUUCAACUUGAUAAAAUCCAUGUAUUCAGUAACCAAAUAUGCUAUCAAAACUGCUCAUGGUUGCACCAAUUCAUUCUCAUCAUCUUGUGGAGUGAAACAAGGGUGCAAUUUAAGUCCUCUUUUAUUCAACAUUUUUAUCAAUGAUCUUUCUGAUAGUAUCCUUUCUAAUCCAGUUAGCUUAGAGAAUAAUUUAUUUAACUGUUUAUUAUUUGCUGACGAUAUUGUGAUAGUGUCAAAUUCUAAUAAUGGGCUUCAAAAUAGUCUAGAUAGUCUUAAUAAUUACUGUAACAAGUGGAAGUUACAAGUAAAUACAAAAAAGACACAGGUCAUUAUAUUUAAUAAGCAGGGAAAAUUUAUUGACGGUGAUUUUUAUUUAGGGAACAACCAAAUACAAAUUGUUAAUUCAUACAAUUACCUUGGAAUUGUCUUUCAAAGUAGUGGCAAUUUCAAACUGGCAAUUGAAAAUUUAGUGAUGAAGGCACAACGAGCAAUAGGGAUUCUUAAACAAACACUUAAUUUACAUAACCAUUAUUUAUCAUUGAGUAAUGCUAUACACAUGUUUAAGAGAUCUGUUCUGCCUAUGUUAAUGUAUGGAUCUGAAAUCUGGGGAGCUUUCACAUUCAAAUUGCACAGAGCCAAUGUUGAAAUUACAAGCGAAAAAUUCAUUCAAAAAUUAUUUGAUGAUAAAACUUGUUUUGAACAACUACACAUUAAAUUUUGUAAAACCAUACUUGGAGUUCACAAAAAAUCUAGCAACAUUGCGACAAGAGCUGAACUUGGAAGCUACCCCAUUAUCAUUGAUAUUUGCAGACAGAUGAUUAGGUAUCAUGACAGAAUUGUAAAAGAUGAAUGUAAUGUGUUAGUGCAUUCUGCCUACAACAAUGAAAGCAAAAGUACAGGCAACACAUGGACUAAUUUUGUACGUAAACUACAAGAAAAUACUAAAACCAAUGAGAUUGGCCAUGAUGCUGACAGUUUUGAAAAUAAAUUAAAGCAAAAAUUUAUAAAAGAUUUGUGGUCUCCUACCUUACACAAAAAAGAAAAUAACAAGCUACGUACAUAUAACAAUUUCAAAUCUGAAUACUCUUUGGAACCAUAUUUGGAAUAUGUAAAUAAUGUCAAACACAGAGUUGCCAUCACUAAAUUCAGAAUCUCUGCACAUAAACUACCAAUAGAGAAAUUAAGGUAUUUACAAGUACCACCAGAGGAAAGGUUAUGCAUGCUAUGUGAUGAUCUAGCUGUUGGCAAUGAGAUGCAUGCUUUCUUAGAUUGCAGGAAUCCAGAGAUUGAAUCUGCUAGGUGCAAAUUUAUGAGUGUAAUCUCAAUGCACAAAGAAUUUCAAAGUUUGCCUAAGCAGAUCAUGUUUAAGAAACUGAUGAAUUCAAAAGAUAGUUUCAUUGCCAGCAGUCUAGGAGUCUAUAUACAUAAAAUCUUAGAAAUGUAUGCUAAUUGUUAA